CUCUGGGUGUCCUCAGCAUGGCCCUGUACACAGUUCUUGUCGUGUUGAGCCUCCUGCCGCUAUUGGAAGCUCAGAACCCAGAACAAGCCAACAUCACCAUAGGCGAACCUAUCACCAAUGAGACCCUGAGCUGGCUCUCUGACAAAUGGUUUUUCAUCGGCGCAGCUUUCAGAAAACUCGAGUACAGUCAGGCAAUUCAAACAAUGCAGACUGAAUUUUUUUACCUUACCACCGACUUGAUAAACGACACGAUAGAGCUUCGGGAGUCUCUGACAAUAAGUGACCAGUGUGUCUAUAACUCCACCCAUCUGGGAUUCCAGAGAGAAAAUGGGACCUUCUCCAAGUAUGAAGGAGGAGUAGAAACCUUUGCAGACCUGAUAGUGCUGAAGAAACAUGGGGCCAUCAUGCUUGCCUUUGACCUGAAGGAUGAGAAGAAACGGGGACUGUCCCUCUAUGCCAAAAAGCCAGAUAUCACCCCAGAGCUGCGGGAAGUGUUCCAGAAGGCUGUCAAAGACGUGGGCAUGGAUGAAUCAGAAAUCAUAUUUGUCGACUGGAAAAAGGAUAAGUGUGGUCAGCAGGAGAAGACGCAGCUUGAGCUGGAGAAGGAGACCAAGAAAGAUCCUUAGGAAGGGCAGGCAUGGGCUCAGCUCUCUGAACUCCCUGGGCUGUCCCCAUGCCCAGCCCACCCCACCNCUCCUGUGCACUUUGAUUCUGUCUCUGCAACAAUAAANGUUUGCUGACACAGUC